AAGAGAAUGAGCUGGUUACGUGAUUGGUCAGGGAGUGGAAAGUGAAACUGCCGGGUUCUUCGCUAGUAGCAUUUUUUCUGUCGGGUUAUUUUGCUCUGCUGCAGACAGACCCCAGGAAACAGUCGAACUUGCUAACCAAACGAUCUCUGACAGCCCCUAGGGAAGAGUUGUAGGAUCAGCUCUGAUCAGGGGAGUGACAAUUGACGUCUAGCCUGCUCUGUGCCAUCCCGGCUUCACGGCUCUGCAGAAGGAUGUCUCAGUGGAGUGAGUUACAAAGACUUGACCCCAAAUUCCUAGAGCAAGUGCAUCAACUUUAUGAUGACAGUUUUCCUAUGGAAAUUAGGCAGUAUCUGGCACCUUGGUUGGAAAAGCAAGACUGGGACUAUGCUGCCAUGGAUGUCUCCUUUGCCACAGUAUGUUUUCAUGAACUUCUCUCUCAGUUGGAUGAGCACUAUAGCCGCUUCUCUCUACAGAACAAUUUUUUGCUGCAGCACAAUAUAAGGAAAAGCAAACGUAAUCUUCAGGAUAAUUUUCAGGAAGAUCCAAUACAGAUGUCUAUGAUCAUCUCUAAUUGUCUGAAGGAAGAAAGCAAAAUCCUGGCAGCUGCCCAGAAAUUUGAACAGGCUCAAUCAGGGAAUAUUCAGAAUGCUUUUACUUCAGACAAACAUAAGGAGAUUGAUAAAAAUGUCAAAAAUGUGAAAGACAGAGUUAUGGAUAUAGAACAAGAGAUAAAGGUACUAGAAGAUUUACAAGAUGAAUAUGACUUCAAAUGCAAAACCUUUAGUAACAGAGAGCAUGAACAUGCUAAUGUGGCACCAAAUGAAUAUAAGCAGGAAAAAAUGUUAAUGCAAAAGAUGUACUUAAUGCUGGAUCAGAAGAGAAAGGAAGUUGUGCAGAAAAUAAUAGAACUUUUGAAUGUGACAGAAGUUGCGCAGAAUGUUUUGCUGAAUAAAGAACUGGUGGAAUGGAAACAAAGACAGCAGAGUGCAUGUAUUGGAGGACCUCCCAAUGCUUGCUUAGAUCAGUUACAGAACUGGUUCACCACCAUUGCCGAAAGUCUUCAGCAAGUUCGCCAACAGCUUAAAAAGCUUGAGGAAUUGGAACAGAAAUACACCUAUGAGCUGGACCCUAUUCCCAAAAACAAAGACAUUUUACGUGAACAAACUUUGAAUCUUUUCAAGCAACUAAUUCAGUGCUCAUUUGUGGUAGAAAGACAGCCAUGUAUGCCAACUCAUCCACAGAGACCUUUAGUUCUAAAGACAGGAGUGCAGUUCACUGUGAAACUGAGGUUGCUGGUGAGAUUACCAGAACUGAAUUACAAUUUGAAAGUGAAAGUUUUAUUUGAUAAAGAUGUGAAUGAGAAGAAUACAGUAAAGGGGUUUAGGAAAUUCAACAUUUUGGGAACACACACAAAAGUAAUGAAUAUGGAGGAAUCUACUAAUGGAAGCUUAGCAGCAGAAUUUCGGCAUCUGCAACUAAAAGAACAGAAAAAUGCAGGUACCAGAACUAAUGAGGGCCCUCUCAUUGUUACUGAAGAGCUUCAUUCUCUAAGCUUUGAGACCCAGUUGUGCCAGCCUGGAUUGGUAAUAGAUCUAGAGACAACAUCUCUGCCUAUUGUUGUGAUUUCCAAUGUAAGCCAGCUUCCCAGUGGAUGGGCAUCCAUUUUAUGGUACAACAUGCUAACAACAGAACCCAAGAAUUUAUCCUUCUUUCUGAACCCACCAUGUGCAAAAUGGUCUCAACUUUCAGAGGUGUUGAGUUGGCAGUUUUCCUCUGUCACAAAAAGAGGACUUAAUUUAGAACAGCUGAACAUGUUGGGCGAGAAACUCCUAGGCCCCAAUUCCUCUAACUCCGAUGGUCUUAUUCCUUGGACAAGAUUCUGCAAGGAAAAUCUAAAUGACAAAAAUUUUUCUUUCUGGCUUUGGAUCGAGGGCAUCCUUGAGCUCAUUAAAAAGCAUCUAAUUUGUCUCUGGAAUGAUGGAUGUAUAAUGGGCUUUAUAAGUAAAGAGCAAGAACGGGCAUUACUAAAAGAUCAGAAGCCUGGGACAUUUCUGCUGAGAUUCAGUGAAAGUAGUCGGGAUGGAGCAAUCACUUUUACUUGGGUUGAAAAGUUACAGAAUGAACCAGUGUUUCAUGCAGUUGAACCAUACACAAAAAAAGAACUUUCUGCAGUUACUUUUCCUGAUAUCAUUCGGAAUUAUAAAGUCAUGGCUGCUGAGAAUAUCCCUGAAAAUCCUCUGAAGUUUCUAUACCCAAAUAUUGAUAAAGACCAUGCUUUUGGAAAAUACUAUUCUAGGCCAAAGGAAGGGCCAGAGCCAAUGGAAAUUGAUGGCCCCAAAGGGACUGGAUAUAUCAAGACUGAACUAAUUUCUGUAUCUGAAGUUCACCCUUCCAGACUUCAGAACACGGACAACCUUCUACCUAUGUCUCCUGAGGAGUUUGACGAGGUUUCUCGCAUAAUGGGCCAUGUAGAACUCAGCAAUGUGAUGAAUGUACCCUAUAAUAUCUGAAUUUUGUUCAUCUCUUCUGAAUCAGACUCAUCUGCCCUUGGCUCACAUCUGCCACUCUGCUUCUCCCAGACUAGUUGUUUAGAGAAAAGAAAGUUAUAUUAACAAGUUUGCUUCCAAGUGAAUUUUUUCUUAUCUCAAAACACCUAUUUAUUCUGAAGAUCUGCACCAGCCUCGCUGAAGGUAAAGCUGAUAAGCAUAUACACUGGAUAUGGAGGAAGGGUAGGAGUCUUUUUAAGGGAAUCUAUCAGUGUUGUGCACAUUGGGUACUUAGUACAGAUUUUGUUAAAAUAAUAGGUCAAUAUUUUUAUAGAAGGAAUUUUUGGUGUGGGAAUUAUGAUUUUCUACAUUGAAAAAAAGUUUUAUUUUAGUGGUUGGGACAAUUUCCAUAUUAUCAAUAUAGCAGAUCUGUCCUCCUCUCCCUCUCAUCACACCUCUUCCCCCAUGUUAUGAAAUGUAGCAUCUUACAUAGCAAAAGAUAAAUUUUGGACAAAUUUCUCCUAACGCCAAAUUCUCAUUAAAAAUGUCAUAUAUUGUAUGAAGUUUGCCAGGCCAGGCAUUUAAAAACAAUAGAACAAAUAAAUAUUUAUUAUGGAAUUGGCUUAGUAUUUGGGUUAAAGUUAGUGAAAAGUUGCUGGCUAACAUCCACAGAGACCAAAUGCACAUAGUAAAUUUAUUUCUCUUUAUCUCAUUACAAAGCUGUUCAAGAGCUUCUAUCUUCAUUACAAUUGUCAGAAAUAAAAUUGUUUUUACAUUUCUAAUCAAGUAGCUAAGACUCAACAAAUAUUUUAAUAUCUCAGCACUUGUAGACAGGGCCAAAGCUGACAUUGACUAAAAAUGUAGAUAUAAACAAAUUAAUAAAUUGAAUAGGCAGAAGCUUGUAUUUUGUUUCUCAAUCAUAGUGGAUAUAGAUCUAACUUUUCAUGGAAAGACUAAUUAGUGAAAAGACUAAUUUCAUGAAAGGACUAAAAUUGACAGUAUCUGAAUGGGAACAAUAUACAGAAAUUGGCUAAUAUUUAUUUUCCCUUUUACCUGAAAAUAUUUAGCACAUUGUUUUCAUUGUCUGCUGCCUACACAAGCACUGAAAUGAAAAGCUAUUUGGGGGAGGGAAGCAGGAAGAAAGGUAAUAGAUUUUUAACCUUGUGAAAGUUAUCUGAAAGAAAAUGCAUCUGUUUGACUUAUUUAGCUGUAUCUCAUUAUUUUUAUUGUCACUUCAACUGUAUUUCUUGUGGUUGUCAAUAUUUCUUUAAAUCAAUUUAAAAACAACAAAUGAAUGAUAAAGUAUAUUGAAUCAGGAAACUUCCUGCUUUGCUUGCUGUCCUCAGUUAAAUCAUUGCUGUUCUUCUAACUCACAGCUGUUGUGUCUUAAAGUUUGCAAAAUGCUUUCCUUACAACCAGUCAUGCUCACAGUAUUAUUUCUUGUUCUACAACAUUGUUCCAAAUAAGAUGUCACAGACCAGAGAGGGAUUUGGGUGUUUCUGAACAAAAACAUGAAAGAGGGAAGGAAAUAAGAAUUUUAUACAUAUGUGUGUGUGUUUGCUACUCAUUGUAGUUCUGUCAUGAUAUUUGCCCUCAAAACAAAAAUGAAUUUUAAUGAAUUGAAGCCAUAGUGAAAUAUUGGUAAUUCAUAGUGGCAGUUACUAUUAAAAAGACAGUAAUGUGUAUAGAGCAUUAUUUUUCCCUUAUUUAUUCUUAUUCCAGAUUAAGUGAGAGGCAGUGUGUUAUAUAGUGUGUUUUGGGCAGCCUUGAAGCCAGGUCCUCUAUUGGUCCAGUCCUUUUACUGUCAUACACUGGCUGUUGGACCCUAAACAAGUCCCUAAGCUGCACUAGGCUACCCUCUAAGAUACAAAGUAAGUGCCAGUUUACAUUACCAGAGGAACACCAUUUUCUAAAAACUCUGUUAACUUGCCUUGUAAAUCAAGACUGCGAUCAAAGACAAGGGGAUCAAUAAUGACAGCUCACGUGGAGAUAUUGCUGAUUUAUAGAGCACUUUCCUCACCACAACCCUAGAAAGUUGGAAGUCAGUCCAUCAAUCAGCAAGCAUAUAUUAAACAUCGGUUAGGUGCUAGAUACUUUGCUAGGUGGAUCCUCAUUUUACAAAAGAAGGAAACUAACAUUCAUAGAAAUUAAAGGGUGUCAUGGCCAAGACACAGUAAGGAACUCAGAGUAGACAUUAUUCCUAUGGACCAGUAAAGUGGGAAUAAAUUCAGGGUGUCUGUGAAACUUGAAUGGGCAAAUUUUGGCUUCUUUGGUUAUCCUUUAUAGGUAAAAACAUUACUCUGAGAAGGGGUUCAUAGAUUUUGUCAGCUCACUAAAGGGAACUAUAACACAAUAAAAGUUAAAAGAUACCUCUAGACUCUCUCAGAGGUAUGAUAUAAUCACUACCAAAAGAUCUCUGGGUUCCUUGAUAUAACAUUUGUCUCCAAAGCUAUAAAUUAUUUUCAUUUUUAUUUGGAAAUAAUUAAGACAUUAUUUUGGCAUAUUUUUAAAGGUAGAUAUGAAAUUAAAAUCUGUCCCUUCUCCAAGGCAGUCAUCUUAAAUUUACAUUUUGUAAUUAUGCCUGGGGUGAAAAUCUAUUAUUUCCUCAGAAAAAUCACAGAGAUUUAAAUUUUUCUGAGUAAUUAGAAAAGGGAGAGGAUUUAAAUUUUUCUGAGUAAUUAGAAAAGGGAGAGAGAAUAGUAUUUAUAUAGAACCUACUAAGUGCCAGACAUCAUGUGUUAGGUGCUUUUUGCAAAUAAUAACAGUAGCUAGCAUUUGUGCCAGGCAAGUGCUUUGCAAAUAUUAUCUCAUUUGUCUUCAAAACAACCUAAGCUAGGUUCUAUGAUUAUCCAAGGCAAAUAUCAGUUAAGUGACUUGCACAGAAUUACCCAGCCCAGCUUGUGUUUGAGGUCUUAUUUGAAGUCAGGUCUUCCUGAUUCCAGACCUAGUACUCUCUCCACUUGCUUUAUAUCAUCUAGCUGCUUUAGAGCCCAGCUUCUUAAACUGUGGUUCAUGGCUCAUAACUGAAGGUGGGGGUUGUGAAAUUUUGAUUUAUUAGCAAUAAAUGUUUAGUUUGUAUACCAAUUUUGUACCUAUAUACUGAGGGUUGCAUAACAA